GUCUCGCCAAUGCGGUCAGAGCGCAUGCGCGGCGCCUCGGCACGAGUACCAGUGCCGGUCGUGCCGGUAGCCACGCGACACGCGUGCUCACCCUUCCGGCGAUCGAUACCGCGGUACCGCGCCGCCGCGCCGCCUCCUUUUGUGCACCGCUUCAAACGAGCUGCGUCGAACAUCUCUAUGUUUAGCGUGGACACCGGUGCACCGUUGCAUUGCAAUACUUACUGAUUUACCGCAACCGUCCUUCUAUACCAUAUAUAUCCAGCGUUCCUGAAAAGUUCCGUCGCGGUCGUGACCUCAUUCUUUUUAAAAAUCGAUUUGUGAUAAAACUCUUACAUAAGAUUGUGAUACAUUACUUAAGCAUUUUCAACGUCCGUUGGAAUAAUCGUCUCUCGAACUACCGCUGGUUAGUGUUUUGUGAAGGGCGCACUUGAAUACGGUAUAUAUAUAUAAUUUCUGAAUUGUCGUGCAAUCGAUUAAGGUGUGUUCGGGAUUGGGAAAAGCGCGUCGCGACGGCGAUCACGGCGCCCCGCACCCCGCAACAGCUGUGGGCCACCGCCAGACUAUCCGUUAUAUUGACCUUGUUUUAGCGCUGUGUAACUAUGAUAUCACGGUCUAGCAAGAGAAUAUUACAAAAUCGGACAGAUUUAAAAUAAAAUUUGUGCUAUAUUACAAAGAAGUGAGCAAGUUAAGUGAUUCACAAGUGUGAGGGGUCGGAGGAGAAUCAUCGCCGGCGUAAGGCGGGCGGAGCCGAUGUUCGCGGCUCGGGCGCGUCACGGCGGAGGGUGGUGCGGGCUCGGGCGCGGGGUGCGCGGGGGGCUCGCGCGCCUCGCCGCCGCCCGGCUUCGAUCGCGAGCUCUUCCAAGAGCUGAGCUUCCUACCAGACGCGGAACUCCGAGAGUGUCUCGGCGAGUACCCCGACUUCCAGUACCAUUUGGCGCGGGACAGGUUCGGCCGCCUCUACUUUCGCGUUAUACGGACCUUGCUCCUUGAUCGAGUUCUAUGCAGCAACAGGGUGAGCCAAAUGACAAAAACCUACAAUGACAUUGAAGCGGUAACACGGCUCCUAGAAGAAAAAGAGAAAGAUUUAGAGCUGACGGCGCGUAUCGGCAAAGAGCUGCUGGCGGCCAACGGUCGGCUCGAAGCUCGCGUGACCGCGCUCGAAGGAGAGUUGCGAGGAGCUCGCGACCACAUCACUCAGCUCCGGCACGAGAUUAGUGCCAAGAGUGAUCUCCUACAGAUUUUAACAAAUGACACAGAGGAAAGCUCACCUACAGAGGAUCAAGAAGCGGCGACGGCGGCCCUGUUGAAGCGCCGAACUGGCGCGCUGGAGCGAGAGAACCGCUCGCUCAGGGAGGAGGCCGCGCGCCUCGCCGCCGGCGCCGACUCCGCCGAGCUGGCCGAGCGGCAGCUGCUCAGGGACAUCGCCGCGCAGCUCUCAAGUGCAAAUUCUGAGACGAGUGUUCUGAGCUCGGAGUUGGCUGAGGAGCGACAGCGCUCGGCCGACCUCCAGCAGCAACUCGAUAGCACCAACGCUAGACUAGCCGUCAAUGAGAGAAACUUGCAGCAGUUAACCGCAGAACACGAACAUACGCUUCGAAUUUUAGAAAUAACAAGAGAUAACCAAAAUGCUCUGGCUUCAGAAUUGGCAGACACAAAGGAGCGGUACGCGGAGGUGUCGGCGCUGCUGGCGGAGGCGCAGGAGCAGCUUCGCGCGGCGCGGCGGCGCGGCGAGGCCACGCGCGGCCUCAUGCCGUCCGUGGCGGCCGCGGCCGGCCUGCUGCCCGCCAACCUGCACCGCGAGAUGCACUCCUCCGUCUACUCCGAGCUCAGUCUCGACUCCGGCAUCGGGGAUCCUGUCGCUCAAACGAGCAUGCAGAAGGUUUUUGAGACGGUGCAGUGCGCCUCGCGUUGGUCGGGUGCAUCCUUAUCCGGCUCGGACGCGGAGACGCAAUCCGCUUACAAGCCACCCAAUAAACCGACGUUCUCGGACUCCUUCUUCGAAGAUACAUCCGACGCUGAGUCCGAAGAUUUGUAUCCCGGCAACACGGCGGUGGGCGUGCCCGGCGCGCCCGGCGCGGCCGAGCUGGCGGCCGCGCUGCGCCGCCUCACGCCGCAGGAGAUCAACUCGCGCCGCGCCUCGCUCGCCGCCUCGCACGCCCUGAGGCAGCGCAGGCGGAAUGAUAGGGACUUAAGUGAAGAGAGUGCAGUAUGGGGCGCGGGUGCCGCAGGCGGCCUGGCGCGCUUUAGAACACCACACAAGCUUCAAAUCGUCAAACCAAUGGAAGGUUCUCUCACGCUGCAUACUUGGGCUCAGCUAGCUAAGCCAACCAUGUCAGGUUUACUAGAAGAACAAGAAGGCGUUGGAGUGAGAGGGUCGAGAUCAGCACAAGCACUCGGUAUGAGAAUAUACAGAUUGUCGGAUGUGGAAGAGGAUGACGAUAUGCCCAGAUUGCCGCAUUCCAGUCAUAUAUACACAUUUACUAACAGUACGGUCUUACAUCCAAACGAUGGCAGCCUCCUAGGUAGCAACGUGAGCAGCGUUUGCAACAGCGCAAUGAGCAGUUUAUCUAGCAGCGUGCUCGGCAGCGCGUGGAGCUCACGCCUCACUUCUCGCCGCUCCUCAGCCGCAGUCUCGCCCGUGCUGUCCCGACGUGAUUCAUUCUGUACACCUCCCUCCCGCCCGCACUUUACGCCCACGGCCACGCCCGCCAACAGCCCUCUCCUCGGUUCACCAGACUCCUCUCCUCCUCCGACGCCUCGACCCGGUGAUCCCCCACCUUCUCUUCAUGCGCUCAUUGCGAGCGGGACUUCGAUACUCCGACGGCGCUAUCUAACGUCGCCGGCUUCUGACGGCUCGCCAGCGCCUCUGGCUCUACAGACUCCUGGAUCUCUCUACACCGGUUUAGUUCAUCGCAGUCCAAUGGAACAGUUAACGUGCCUCAAGCGGACGCUUAGAUCGCCGGCGGCGGCACCGCCCGAUCGAUGUGACGCAUCAUAUUUACCACUGGGUGUACCGGCGCAUCCCGGCGAAGGUGCGUUAGAUGCGGCCACAUCGACGGGAUGCGUGUCCGGUGCGAGUGUGACCGGCAGACGGGCGCGUGUGCGAGCACCUCGCCCCCGCACUGACUUAGGAACGGUGGGUGCGACGCCAACGACAUGUCCGCCCACCCAAUCGACUCCCUUAGGCACCCUCAGUACCUUUCUUUUUGGACGAAAGGGUGGUUUGCUGUGAGAGUGCUGAACAGCUCCUCCCGGAUGGUAUCAGAGGUGCUACUGCGAUGCGACGCGAUAGUCGCUCGGACGCUGCUCAUUAAAUCGAACCGCGGGUUGCGGAUCGAGCCGCGUUACUUGAAGUGAUAAUAUCGUUUGUUUUCGGUGCGCAGUCUUAUUUUAUCGAUUUUCGGUACUUGUGAUUUAGAUUUAGUUAUAAGCGCCCAAUUAUCAUCGAUGCUAAUGAUAAUAUUUUAUGUUUUGAAAGAUUUAUGUUUGUGAGUCUGUGUUUUUAAGUCAUUUUGACGUUGUUCGUUUCGUAAUCACUUUUUGUUUUUAGGAAAUUGAUUUUUUGCAUUUAUAUGGUUGACUUACUAAGAAUCUGAAUUGAUCUUUACUAAAAAUGUAAAAACUUAUGCUUACUAUAAAGGUGUCAUUAUCAUAGCAUCUUGAAAUCUCUCUCAACACAUUCCUUUUGAAAAAAAAAUAGUAUUAAUUUAAAGUGUUUAAAUGCGGGGAGAGAAAUUACGAUUGAGAAAUUACGAUACCAAGGUGCAUUGUGAAUGAGUCUCAAUUCGUGACCAAAACAUAGACACAUGUUAAAACAUAUUCAAUAGCCAUAUUUAAUAGUGAAACAUCACACUUGGGGUAUUAAUUAAUAUAUAUUUUUUCAAUAAUUGAGUGACUUGAUUACAAAUAUUGGUCUUUUUUGAUUGUUUGUUAAUUAAUCGUAGUUUGAAUUUAAAUAUCAUUGACAUUUUGAUGAAAAUAAUGUUAUCAUUGUAUUUCCUAUAGCAUAUGAUUCAUGUAUUAUUGUAAAUAAUUAAAUUUCCAUUAAUUUAGAAGAGUACAAAUCACUUAUGUUUGUAUAAAUAAAAAAUAGCAAUAAUGGUAAUGAAUGAUAGAACUAUUGUUAAAUUAGUAUAUCACAAUUAAUAAUGAUGCAAGUGAAUCACACAUCAUCGUAAAAUUAUAUGAUCAUUUUCUGAACCGGUACACAUUUAUGUGCAUUUGUUUUAAUUUAAUUUUGUUUUACUUAAAAAGGUCAGGGUCUAAAUGAUAAAUGGUGCAUACCAUAGUUUAAGAAGUUAUGUGGGAGUUAAUAAAAUAUUAAACCCAAUGCUAAAAUAGAUUAGAAUGACAGUCGUAUUGAAGAAACUUUUGUUAAAUCCUAAUUUUAUUUGUACUUUUGAUAGCUUUAUUAUUUAUUUAUAAUAUGUUAAGACUAAAUGAGUUGGAGAAGUGAUUAUAUUAAGAACAAUUAAUGUUCUACUAAAUUAUUAGGUAUUAUUAACAAUGACAAUUUGAUUCCUAGAAGUUCUAGUUUUUUUUUGUUUUAUUUAACUUUACAUUAAUUUAUGUGGCUUAAACUUCUCCAACUCUAUCGGUGCUAGAUACAAUGCCAGUGCGGUUUCCUUAUUCAGCGAUUUUAUAUAAUCGCACGAAUUUAGUUUAAGUUUAUUAAUCUGCAAAAUCACUUAAAUAUAGGGUAAAACACAAUUUUUGUUCUGUCUUAGUGCUCAUUUAUAGUAAAUCAAUUUAAUGGUAACUGAUGGAAGUAGUCAGCAUGGCUGUGAGGCGAUAUAUAUUGAUUUCGAUUGUGUUGUAAGAUUCUGAGGUUCUACUUAUGAAAACAAGGGUUAGGCACAAACUGUACAGUAUAGGAGUAAAUUGUUGAGAUGUGACGAUAACGACAUGAACCUAUGAUUGUAUUAUAAUAGAAAUAUAAAUUAUUCCAAGAU